CCGGUUGCAUCUUGCAGAAGGUGAAACUUGCUGGUUGGUCGGUGUCCGUUGGCUCUUUGAAUUGCAAUGUGGGUUUUGAGGUGACAGAAGGGAGGAGGCGCCAAGGAGUUGCGGUCCCUGCCGCACAGAGCGGGUGUGAGGUCGGCGACCCCGCGAGUGACCCGCUUUAGGGCCGGGACCGAGUCCUCUCCUCGUCCGCCGCCUCCGCCCGCUCCGUCCGCAGAGUCCGAUGGCGGCGGCCGCUCGGAGGCGCCCGGCCGCGAUGCACCAGUGCAGUGACCCAGCGGAGUCAUUCUCCAAGCCCAGGUUGGUGUGACCUUUGAGGAUGUCGCUGUGUACUUCUCGGGGACAGAAUGGCAGCUUCUUGACGAGGCUCAGAGAGGCCUAUACCUCGAUGUGAUGCUGGAGAAUUUUGCUCUCAUAUCCUCACUGGGUUGCUGCUGUGGAACACGGGAUCUGGAGGCAUCCCUUGAACAGAAUGUUUCUGUAAGAGUGUCACAGGCAAAGAAGACCAAAGUACCUUUGUCUUCCCAGAACAGCCACCCCUGUGAGAGUUGUGGUUCAGUCUUACGGGACAUUUUCCAGUUGGUUGAGCAGCAGGAAACACAACACAGCCCGAAACUGUUGAGGUGCGGUGCGUGUGCAAAACCAUUUUAUUUCAGUGCGAAGUGUCACCAGGACCGUGAGCAGCACAGGAGAGGCAAGUGUUUGAUAAGAGGUGUGGACAGAGCCUCACCUGCGAAGAGCUGCACAUUCAGUGUGUCCCAGACGCCCAGUCAGAAGGGUGGACACAGCAUCCUUACUGCCUCGGGGCAACUUCAGCCACAGGCUACUCACACCACAGUCAAACCAAGUGAAAGCUCGAAGGCUGGGGUUAUAUGUCAAAACAGAAGGAAUUACCAUACCAAGAAGGAAUGUAAAAAAGUGAUUGGCUGCAAUGACACUCUUGUUCCAGACCAUGCUGGCCAUGCGGGAAGGCAGUGUCUUGUGGGCCCUGAAAGUAAAAAAGGUCUUAGAGGAAUCUCUGGUUUUCGUUAUCAGAACGUUCACUCGUUGGAAAAGUCGUACGAGUGCCGUGAAUGUGGGAAGUCCUUUAGAAGAAAGGAUAACCUGAAUGAACACCAGAGGAUUCACACUGGAGAAAAGCCUUAUGAGUGUGGAGAAUGUGGGCUGUCCUUCAGCCAGAAGUGGAGCCUGAAUCAACACCAAAGGAGUCACACUGGAGAAAAGCCGUAUGAGUGCCGUGAAUGUGGGAAAUCUUUUACCUAUUGCUCUGGACUCCGCGGUCAUCGGUCUGUUCACACUGGAGCAAGGCCGUAUGAGUGUAGUGAAUGUGGGAAAUGCUUUACCACAAAAUCCUACCUUCAUGUUCAUCAGAGAAUUCACUCUGGUGAAAAGCGUUACAAGUGCAGUGAAUGUGGGAAAUCUUUUACCUAUUGCUCUGGACUCCGUGGUCAUCAGUCUGUUCACACUGGAGCCAGGCCGUAUGAGUGUAGUGAGUGUGGGAAAUGUUUUACCACAAAAUCCUACCUUCAUGUUCAUCAGAGAAUUCACUCGGGUGAAAGGCGUUAUGAGUGCGGUGAAUGUGGGAAAUCUUUUAUGUGUAACUCGAAACUCCGUUAUCAUCAGAGAGUUCACACUGGAGAGAAGCCGCAUGAGUGCAGUGAAUGUGGGAAAUCUUUUGUCCAUAGCUCUAGCCUCCGUUGUCAUCAGAGAGUUCAUACUGGAGAAAAGCCGUAUGAGUGCAGUGAUUGUGGGAAAUCUUUUGCCUUUAGCUCUCAACUCCGUUGUCAUCAGAGAGUUCACAGGACAAAGACCUUUUGAGUGCAGUGAUUGUGGGAAAUCUUUUGCCUGUUGCACUGGACUUUGUUGUCACCAGAGAGUUCACACUGGAGAAAGACCUUAUGAGUGCCAUGAAUGUGGGUAAUCUCUUAUUAUGAUCACUCAUCUUCAUAAACAUCAAAUUUCACACAGGAGAAAGGCUUUUUGAGUGUUGUGAAUGUGGGUAAUCUUUUAGUCAAAAUUCUACCCUCUGGAAACAUGAGAAUACACAUUAGAGCAGUGGUUCUCAACCUUCCUAAUGCUGCGACCCUUUAAUACAGCUCCUCAUGUUGUGGUGACCCCCAACCAUAAAAUUAUUUUCAUUGCUACUUCAUAACUGUAAUUUU